CGCUUUGUCAUUUCUGCCAGACUUUUUGGUGGAAGUUACUAAGCACAGCCACAGUCAAGGAAAAAGAAAUUAGGCUCCAACUUUUGAAGGGAGGAGAUUCAAACUGAGUGUCAGUGACUGACCAAGUGGAGUAAAAUGAAUGAAAAUAAACCUGGAGGCUCACAGAAUUCUACUUGUGUUUUCUGUCGAAAGAAUGAUGACUGUCCUAUUAAAUAUGGAGAAAAGAAAACUAAUGAGAAAUGGAAUCUUACUGUACAUUACUAUUGUUUGUUGAUGUCAAGUGGAAUUUGGCAGAGGGGUAAAGAAGAAGAAGGAGUUUAUGGUUUUCUAAUAGAAGAUAUCAGGAAAGAAGUGACUAGGGCUUCUAAACUGAAGUGCUCUGUUUGCAAGAAAACGGGUGCUUCAAUUGGAUGUGUUGCACCCCGAUGUAAACGGAGUUAUCAUUUCCCCUGUGGACUUCAGAGAGAAUGUAUUUUCCAGUUCACUGGCAAUUUUGCGUCAUUUUGUUGGAAACAUCGACCUGUUCAAAUAAUUACAUCUAAUAAUUGUAGAGACUCCUUACUGUGCACCAUUUGCUUGGAAUUUAUAGAGCCUAUUCCAACUUACAGCGUGUUACGAAGUCCUUGUUGUAAGAAUGCUUGGUUUCAUAGAGACUGUUUGCAGGUGCAGGCAAUAAAUGCAGGAGUGUUUUUCUUUAGGUGCACUAUAUGCAAUAAUAGUGAUAUAUUUCAGAAAGAAAUGUUGAGAAUGGGAAUUCAUAUUCCUGAAAAAGACGCAUCUUGGGAAUUAGAGGAAAAUGCUUACCAAGAGCUUCUGCAGCACUAUGAGCAUUGUGAUGUCCGAAGAUGUCGUUGCAAAGAAGGGCGAGACUAUAAUGUGCCUGAUAGCAAAUGGGAAAUAAAGCGCUGUCAGUGUUGUGGUUCUAGCGGAACACAUUUAGCCUGUUCCUCACUACAGUCAUGGGAACAAAAUUGGGAAUGUUUGGAAUGUAGAAGUAUUCUCUACAGUGCAGGCGAAUUCCAGAAAGCCAAAAAGCAUGCAUUACCCAACACUAAUGUGGGAAUAAAUGAUUGUUUGUUGGAGGAGUCUUCACCUAAAUUAUCCAGACAGUCACCUGGAGACCAGCGUAAAGAUCUGCUGAGGCAAGGCAGCAAAUUUAGAAGAGAUAUCUCAACUCUAAUUAUAGAGUUAGGAUUCCAAGUUAAGAAAAAGCCUAAAAAAGUAUUUAUCAACAAAGCCAAUAUCUGGAAUAGUGCCUUAGAUGGAUUCAGAAAUCAGAACUUUAAUCCUUCAUAUACAAUUGAAAUAGUGUAUGUUAAUGAAAAUGAUCAUUUUGGAAGAGAGCAGCCUGGAUCAAAGCAAGAAUUCCUAAGUCUCUUAAUGCAGCAACUUGAGAACUCACCAUUGUUUGAAGGGUCCUUGUCAAAGAACUUGUCUUUAAAUUCUCAAGCUCUGAAAGAGAACCUUUACUAUGAAGCUGGCAAAAUGGUUGCCAUUUCUUUGGUUCAUGGUGGUCCUUCACCUGGUUUCUUUUCUCAGACCUUAUUUAACUGCCUUGCUUAUGGACCAGAAAAUACCCAACCAAUUUUAGAUGAUGUUUCAGACUUUGAUGUGGCACAGAUAAUGAUCAGGGUAAAUACUGCAGCAACUGUGGCUGACUUAAACUCUAUAAUAAAUGACUAUUAUAAGUACCUAGAGCUUAUUGGAUGUCUAAGACUUAUAACAUCAAUAAGUGAUAAAUAUAUGUUGGCAAAAGACAUCCUUGUUUAUCAUGUAAUUAAAAGAGUCCAAGCACCUUUUGAGAGUUUUAAACAGGGUCUGAAAACUCUUGGUGUUUUGGAGAAGAUUCAGACUUAUCCAGAAGCAUUUUUUCACAUCUUCUGUCAUAAACCUGAGAAUCUUUCUGCAAAAAUACUUAGUGAUCUUUUUACAGUACACACAUUGUCUGAUGUACAGACUUUGGGAUUUUGGAAUAGUUACUUACAGGCUCUUGAGGAUGGUAAAUCUACAGUAACAAUGGAAGACAUUCUUAUUUUUGCUACUGGUUGCAAGUCCAUUCCACCUGCUGGAUUUAAACCUACUCCGUCAAUUGAGUGCCUUCAUAUGGAUUUUCCUGUAGGAAACAAGUGUAAUAACUGUUUAGCUCUUCCUAUCACCAGUACAUAUAAAGAAUUUCAAGAAAGUAUGGACUUUACCAUAAAAAACACUCUAAGAUUAGAAAAAGAAGAAAAUUCUCACUUCAUUUGACAUUACCUGUUUUGAACAAAGGGAUGCUUCUUCAAAAGCUGCUGUAGAUACUUUUUGUUUCAGAAAUCUUUCCAUCAUCACUUUUGAGCAAACUUGGACCAAUAAAAUUUAUAAUAUGAACAUAAAGGAUUGUUUUGGCCACCUAAGCGAAAAAGGAAUUUUUGUUAAGGUGUACCAGUGAAAGUUAAUAUUUUUCUAUUUUCUUAAUAUACAUGCUUUGUAAACCUCAAUAUAAAUACUUGUAGAAUGGCUGCACAGACUUUCUUCAAGUAUAGUACAUACUGUAUAUAAGCAGAAAACUUGUGCUCACUUUAUGUAAAUUAGGAUUAGGUAUAGAAUGCCACAAUUAUUUUUCUGGUUUAAUUAUGCAAUUUUCGAAUUAUUACUUAUUUUAAAGCAUUAAGUAGGAAAGCUAAAUGAGUGAUUUUUUUUUUUUUUUAUAAAUCAAAGGCAUAUAUUUUGGAGUAUGUGUUAUAUGUAUCCUCUUCUAGGAUGGCACUAAAUUAGUUAAAUGUUUUUAGAUCAUUGAGUUAUAUUACAAUAGAUCCACACUGCUGUUAGAUGAUGCCUUAAGAGAUGUAUUAUAUAAGAAAGCAGAAUUGCACAAAUACUCAAGAAUCUAUGGAUAUUCCAUAGUCUUAAAACACUUCUGAGGUGAGUUAAAAUAUAGUUGAAAAAUCUCUUAAGUGUCUUCUUUAAAGCCUUGGCUUUAAUCAUAAGAUUUUUUUUGUUUGUUUGUAUCCCAUGUGUGGUAUUAAACCACAGUGUAUAUGAUCCACAGUUUAAGUUAUCUGAAUAGAAUGAUCUCUGUGGAUUGCCUUUUGGUAGGUUUGGCUAUUUAACAGUUAUUUAUUAUCAGUAUGGUUGUUUGAUGGGUAAGCUGGCACCAUUACAUUAUACAGUUAUUUUCUUUACUUUUGAAAGAUACCUGUCUAUAUAAACAGUGUAGAAGUAGGGAAGAAAGAACUACAAAGAAUGAAAAACCCAUGCUAAUCUCACCAUGCAGAAUUAACUGUCCCUGCAUAUCCUUUUAUUAAUAUAAACUCUUAUAUUUCCUGUCUUUUUUAACUUUAUUCUUAUAAAAGUCAAAGAAUACCUAGAAAUAAAAAGAGAUUAUGUAGUAACAAUUUGAAGAUACAUAAUCUGACAGUUUUAUCACCAUAUCUGUACUCUUACAAAAGAAGAAAUUGGAAAAAUCUAAUGUCCCUAAUCUUUUAUCUAAUAUAAAUGGGUUUUUCACCAAAAUAAAUCAUAUGAGAGAAAAAUUGCUUGUUUUUAAGCACAUUUUUUCCUAGCUAUGCAAAGCAGGUAUCAGCCAUCAUAUUCUCAUCCUCUCUGAGAAACAUCUGUAAAUUACUGAUAUUUUUAAAGACAAAUGACAGGAUUAGUAGCGUGAUACUGGUAAUAUAAAACAUGUCCUAGUAUAAUUUGUUUUGUUACAUUUACUAAAAGUGAAACUUUAACUUGAAGGUUUUGAAACAUUAAACAAGGCAUUUUUUGUCUUGUGUUGAAUUCUGUUAAAUUAUCAAAAGUAAUUAAAGGAUCAGUUAACCAAAAAGAAGUUUAAACUCACCAUACAGGUUUUAUUCCAAAUGUGUUGAUAAACUGGACAUUUUAUUUGUUAACCUACCUAGUUUUAUAAAAUUUUAAAAGCCGUUAAAUCAAUACAAACCAGAAAACCUAAUUCAAGCUGUUUUCUGGUUAUUUGUAGUUUGAAUUCAUUUAAUUACAGUCAUAAUUAAAGCUGUUAAAUGCUCACAUGCUUUUGAGGUGGGGGCUGCUGAUAGGGGGCAGUGUGCUUGUGUUGGCUGCGAUUAAAAGCAGUAUUUCAGUUCCUCUUAUGUGUAGACAGGGCUUUAGGGGUAAGGUGUUUAAAUAAUAAUUUGGGAUAUUCAUGUUUUAAAGGGAGGUGUAAAUAUUCAUAUUGGAAAAUAUUUUCUGGUUUUAAGGAUAUUCAUCAGUACGGAUUUAGAUUAAUGUUUGAAGCUAUGUCAGAGAAACCUGUAGGUUAUUUAUUUUCUGCAGUGUAAUGUGUCACAUGGUUGCUUUUGGUUUUUUCCUAUUGUUACAGCCAAUACAGAGUUUUUGCUGACUUUGAUUUUUUUAAAGGAAUUAUGUUAUAAACCUUUAUAAACCUUUAUAAAUGUGAAUAUGUUUUUCAUAAGUAUUUCAAUUGUCUAAAUGCCAUGUAUUUUCAAGCUUGUUCUCUGUUACUCUCAAUAGCAAGAAAAACCAUAAAUUUGCCUCUUACCUA